AUGUGUACCAACCUUCAAGUUGCAGCUAGACGGACUCAUGAGGCUGAGGAGGCUCGUAGAAGGGAUUCUCAAGAGCGGUUUUCCUCGUACCUUGGACCAACUGGAGGGGAAGAAGUAGGUGCUGCCCUAAUGCCAUCAAAGUAUGUCUUGCAUUCUAAUUUGCACAUCUCUGAGAUGCCUGUUAUUUUGAGUAUGUCUACUUCUGUGGGUUUGUCUGUUAGAACUACUCAAGUUUGUUUAAACCUUACAUCAGAUUUUAAAGGCCGUAGAACAAUAAUAGAUCUAAUUUGUUUACCAUUACAAGGGAUGGAUGUAAUUAUUGGGAUGAAUUGGUUAUCAUGUAAUAAUACUGUGCUAGAUUGUAGAAAAAGAGUAGUUGUCUUCCCUGAAGAUGUGGUGCCUAUAGGACUAUCUAGUGGGUCAGUAUUCUUAUCUGCUGUGCAAGUAGAUGAAUGCAUACAAAAAGGAUGUCAAGCCUAUACAUUGUUCUUCUCAAGACAAGUAGAUACCGAGGAAGGAAUUGAUCAUAUUGAUGUGGUUAGGGAAUUUCCUAAAGUCUUCCCUAAGGAAAUGACCAGGUUACCUCUUGAACGAGAAGUUGAGUUUACAAUUGAUUUAAUGCCAAGCACAACACCUAUAUCUAAGACUCCUUACCGAAUGUCUCCAUCCGAGUUGAAUGAAUUAAAAAGACAUAUGGAGGAACUUCUCGAGAAAGGGUUCAUUAGACCUAGUGUAUCCCCAUGGGGAUCCCUAGUGUUGUUUGUUAAGAAGAAAGAUGGGAGCAUGCGUUUGUGCAUCGACUAUCAAAGCUGA